AUGGAGGCGACAGCAUGCGAGUAUGGAAGGAGAGGAGGGCCGCAGGAGGCGUUGGUGGAGAUGGGGCCGUACAAGACGGGCACGGUGCAGUGGCAGCGCACGCUCAAGUCGCAGAUGCAGGCGUGGCGCGACGACCCGCAGUGGCACGACGAGACACCCAGCAUUAAGGUGUCGGCACCCAAAGGCGCAUUCUGCCAGAUCGACUCUGAAGUGACGCUGGCGCUGCCGCCCGACGCGGUGUACAACAUCCUGUGCGACCCGUGCAACCGGCGCGUGUUCAAGAACAUCCGCGCCGUCACGUACCGCCGCGUGCUGGAGGACGACGGCGACCGCCAGUUCGUCGAGGUCGAACAGUCCGCCGUCGGAAAGUUCCUCAUCUUCUCCGGCUCCUGCGACGUGCGACUCUUCGUGCGACAGGAUCGCCUCAAACACACGAUGUCGUUCGCGAUCGCGCGGCCGGGCUUUAUGCGACGCUUCGAGGGCUCGUGGCAGGUGGACCCGCUGCCCGUGCCGUGCUCGCGACACGCGCAAGCCAUGGCCGCCCGGGAGCGCGAGGCUGCGCGUGGUAAGGGCAGAGACACGGAGGGGGACGGACGGUUCGGAUGGAUAGGCGGGGAGAUGGACAAAGAGGGUGACGUGUUCUUUGACGCGAGUGACGUGUUACCCGAAGAGACAGACACAGAGGAGUGCUGCGCGGAUUGCCAGAUGCGCAUGGCCUCGCGCGUGCGCUUGCAGCAGGUGAUUCUGCUCGCCAUGCCGCCACCCCCGCCGUUCGACAUGCUGGCGCGCAACAAGACGGCGCACGAGGCGAGAGACAUGCUGACGAGCUUCAUGGCGGAGGCGCGGCGGCUGAGAGAGGCGCCCUUCCCCAUCGCGGACGGCCACACCGCCUUCCCCGACCCCGCCGCGGUGCCUGACAUGCCCGCGCCCGCUGAGAAACUGCAGAUAGAGGCGUCCUUUCCUCCCCCUCCGCCUCUUGUGAGACUGGAUUCGCACGAGGAGGGGGAGAGCUCUGGUGAGGACGAGGAGGUAGAGGAGAAGGUGCGAGUGGGGGAGCAGGACAAGCAGCAGGAGGUAGAGGAGAGAGCAGUGGAGGUGGGGGGAGGGCGGGGCGUGGAGCCCCAUGAGCUGCACUUGAAGAGGGACAAUGGGUUCCGUGCAGUCAGAAGUGCUGCCUUCUUGCACAAGGAGGUGCUCAAGACCCCACUGCCUCGCAAAGAGUGCAACUGGGUGCCUAAGUUCGAGGACGCGACGAGCGAUGAGCCGGCGGCGCUGGUGAUGGACGAAGAGAGCCUGGCGCGGCAGAGAGAGUGGGAGCAGGCGCACCACGCCGCGGAGGCGCAGCGGCAGGCGGAGGAGGCGCAGCGGAAGGAGGAGGCGGUGGUGCAGAUGGACGGGUACCGCGAGGGGCGCAUCUUGUGGCGCGCGGAGCUGGAGCGGCAGAUGCGCGCGUGGCGGGACGACCCCGAGUGGCACGACGAGGCGGCGCAGCUGGCGGUAUCGACGCCCAAAGGCACCUUCUGCCAGCUGGACUGCCAGGUCACCCUGGCGCUGCCGCCCGACGCGGUGUACAACACGCUGUGCGACCCGUACAACCGGCGCGUGUUUAAGAACAUCAAGGCGGUGAAGCAUCGCAAGGUGCUGGAGGACGACGGCGACCGGCAGCUGGUGGAGGUGGAGCAGUCCGCCGCGUGGCGCUUCCUCGUCUUCUCCGGCGCCUUCGACACGCGCCUGCUCGUCACGCAGGACCGCGCGGAAAGAACUAUGUCGUUCAAGAUCGCACAGCCGGGGUUCAUGCGGCGCUUCGAGGGAUUCUGGCGCGUGGAGCCGCUGCCCGUGCCGGGGUCCGCGGACAUGCGCACGGAGGGGGAGAGCAAGGGCGGAUCGGAGACAGCCGAGAAGGGCGGAAGCGGGGUAGAGGGGGGAGGGAAGGCAGAAGCAGCGGAGGGGGAAGCGGGGCGGGGGGCGGAGGGCAGCGAUUUUGAGGAUGCGCGGGAGGCGUUUGACAGCCGGCCCCCCGCUGAAGCAGACGCUAGUGAGGGGGACGCAAGUCGGGAGGGCGCAAGUGAGGCGAAACCCGGGCAUGGCGCGCGCAUGGCGUCGCGCGUGCAUCUGCAGCAGGUGGUGCAGCUGGCGCUGUCGCCCCCGCCCCCCCUGGACUACUACGUGCGCGGCAUCACAGCGCAGGUGGUGCGCGACAUGCUCGGUGACUUCCAGGUGGAGACCAGGCGCGUGCGCUACGGGGGCGGGGACGACGAUGGGGAGGCGGAUGGGAAGGCGGCGCAGGAGGGCGUGGGUGGGCGCAUUGCGCGCAUGAGCGCUGCUUUCCUGCACCGUGAGGCGCUGGGGGGGAAGAGCGGCAAGGGGAAAGGGAUGGGGUGGGGGAAGAAGAACGGUGCCAAGUAG